AUGAUCGUAGAAGAAUUAAAAUUUGUUUCAAAAGUAAUAAUAACAUUUAUUCUGACAAAUAUUCAAGAUGUUGUUAUAUUGAUGAAUUUUUUUCUUGAAUCAUCUAAAACUGAUAGUUUAUUGAAAAAUCGACAUGUUGUACUUGGUCAAUAUUUAGGUUUUAGUACUUUAUUAACAUUAAGUUUAAUUGGUUAUACUAUUUCAUAUAUAUUACCAGUUAAAUUAUUUGAUCUAUUGAAAAAAAGAAAAGAGAAAAGAAACAAAUUACAACAAAAUCCAGAAAAUGAACAAGUCGUAUUUAUUCAACUUGAAUCAGAAAGUAUUAAAUCGAACGAAAAACAAACUUGUACAAGUAAUAUUAAACAAAUAGUUAAAGUAAGUCUUGUAACAAUUGCAAAUGGAAAUGAUAAUAUUGCUAUUUAUGUACCCAUAUUUGUUCAAUCAAAUUCAUGGGAAAUCAUUGCCUAUGCAAUAGGCUUUUUACUCAUGGUCGGCGUUCUAUGUCUUAUGUGUUAUUGUUUUAUACAUUUUCCUCCAAUAUUUAAAUUUGCACAAAAAUAUGCACAGUUUAUCAGUCCAUUUGUAUUUAUUGCUCUUGGAAUUUAUAUUUUAAUCGAUUCGAAAUGUUUUCCAUGGUUAAUCAAAGUUAUUAAAACAGGACAAUGGACGAUAUCUUAA